UUUCCCCUCAGAAGGGCACUUAAGGGAACGCCACAUUAACAGUAGGACCGGGUGAAGAGAAAAUUGCGUUGUUUUUCAUUAAUCUGUUCGCAAAGUGUAUUUUAAUCGGCCACAGUAAGACUAUAAGACACAACUUCGCAACUUCAUCUAAAAUGUAUUCAUCAAGAAUUUUGAUCGUCCAAGAAAAUAUGGCAUAUGGAGGAUCUCUUUCGAUAGGAGUUCACCCAGACAUAAGUUCGGUGAGAGACAAAGUUUUUAGUAGUUACAGUGAAACUCCAGUUUGUAGACAGUCAGUUUUACUCACUUUAAACCUCGGAUAAAGUGAUUAUUUUCUCUUUAAUAGAUAUAAUGCCGAGUCUUUAAUAAAUUAGUUAUGACAAAAAAAAUGUCGACGAGUCCGCUAUAUAGAUUAUUAUAAGACUAGCUAACAUUACGUUUAAAGUUAAGUUCAAGUUUAAUUUGUUGACUGUAAACGGCUUCAAAAAACUGCAAUAAAUUAAUAGUUAAAGAAGAAGGCUUUCCUCUGUGUACACAUAUCCUUAAAAGUACAAUUCUAGUUGUAUUAUUAGUGUCCCACCGACAAUACUGCUCUUGAGAAAUUUUACGUUGUACCCCUCUACUCUCAGAUACAAUUUACGCCCAUACAUGUCCUCGUAUUGAUAAUAUACAACAAUAAAUGCUACAACCACAUAUCCGCCUGGUCAAUAAAGUUUUAUUGUAAAGCACAGCUAUGACAGCUGUAUGAAAAAAAUUAUGUGGACGUUUCUCAAACGGAAAGCUGCAUCUUCCGGAGGUCGCAUUUGCAGUCUCCACGCGUCAUUAAGCCAGCCUUGAAGCAGAUGUUCAAUAUCAGGCAGGGCCUCUUAUAGCAGUGUAUGUGGAGAACAACAUUGACACUGGAGUACUCACUGUGCUCCUCUGCACAGUUGUAAAACAUAGGUUUCUAAUCUGCACUACAUCAUGAGAUUGAUAAUCUGACUGGAGGGCCUCAAUCCACUUCACAUCACUCUUGAUAACUUCACCAAUAGAGUGCUAAGGAUCCACAAAAUUGUCCUAGAUUUGUUUCAUUGGGCACCUACUACAACUACAGUAAUAAUUAACACUGAAUAUACUGGCCAAGGAUGUGUUCGAAAGUGAAUGAAAUUCUCUGCAGUUGGAACAAACUCAACGUUCACAAAGAGAGACCAUGUUUAAAGAUUUUGUUUACUGGACUGUUCCUUGGAAUUACAGGAUUUCUGGUUUUAUGGACUUACGUGGGAAGUAAAGAAGAGAAACCUUUAACCAGCUUUUUAUUUCAGCCCUUUGCAAAACUUUACAAAUCCAGAAAGUCCUCCACAUCUCCUGCAGAUGUCCAGAUAGAUAUCAAUUCAGAAGAGUCAAAUUCAAGUUCAUAUUACUCUGAAUUUGGAAUCAGUUCACAAAGUUACUCCAGAUUACAGCAGACUCUUAACUGGGCUGGGCCAGACACAACAAUCACAAAUGUGUCUAUGAGUACAAGUCCAGAUCACUCCACUUUCAUCAUUCAGAAUCUGAAAGACAGCUACCAAAUAGGGGAGGAGCUUUUUGUUACUAUCCAUGCCAGAGACUUUAACAAUAAAUCUAAAUGUUAUGGAGGGGAUUUCUUUCAAGCAAAGCUUUUCUCACAGCCCCAAAAGGCCAGUGUGUUUGGGGAGGUGGUGGAUUUGCUCAACGGCUCCUACUCUGUGCGUUUUCUUCUGCCGUGGGUUGGAGAGGCACAGGUGGCUGUGCGUCUGAUUCACUCCAGUGAAGCUGUGCAGGUCCUCAAGCAUCACAGAGAAACUGACUCUGACAGAGUUUUCUUUAAUGGAUAUUUUGAAGGACCAGGACCAAAUGGGACAAGGUUGAAAGAAACAGUGAAGUGUAAUGUGAAGUGGGAAAAGAAUGGACUGGAGAGGAUGGGGACUGGAGAUUGUUGCUGUGAUUACAAAGAUUCUCGCACUGGAGAAGAAUGGCGCUGUCAGAGACCAAAAUCCUUGCCAUGCAGCGCUCGCGUGUAUCACUCUAUGGGCGGGUAUAGCAAACAUGUGACUGCCAAAGAAACAAUGUUUAUGAGUCAAACUAACAAAGACAUCAAUGGACAAACAACACCAAUCAAGAUUCUUCCUUCCAGUGGAUCAGUGGGAAUUGAUGUAACACAGAAAUGUCAUCCUGGUUUGCACACACCAGUUCCAGCUGGGUUUUACCUGAAUGAUGUUUGGACUUCCUUUGUGUGUAGCACCCGUCAGUUUACUACCCAAACAACAACACAGUGCCUGAAAGACAAACACAUCUACAUGAUGGGAGACUCGACCAUGAGACAAUGGUUUGAGUUCUUGCUGAAAGCAGUACCAACCUUGAAGCAGAUGAACCUGCAUGUUGAAUAUCAGACAGGUCCUCUUCUAGCAGUGGAUGUGGAGAACAACAUUGACUUACACUGGAGGGCUCACGGUCUUCCUCUGCGCUGUCUGAAAACUGAAGUUUCUAAUCUGCACUACAUCAGUAAUGAGAUUGAUGAUCUGACUGGAGGACCUCACACUGUUAUUGUCUUUAAUCUGGGACCACACUUCACAACAUAUCCUCUGGAUUUCUUCACCCACAGAGUGUUGAGGAUCCGCAAAGCUGUGCUAGAUUUGUUACAGCGGGCACCAGACACUACCGUUAUAAUCAAGACCGUAAACACCGGCUAUAAGGAUGUGUUUGGCAGUGACUGGUAUUCUCUGCAGUUGGACAGAAUCCUACGGUGGGCUUUUCAGGAUGUUGGUGUUUAUAUUUUGGAUGUUUGGCAAAUGACAGCCUGUCACUACAACAAAGAGAACAUUCAUCCAGGUCCUGUCAUUAUCAAAAAUGAGAUGGACAUUUCCCUUUCUUUCAUUUGCCCUGACUGAUUUUGUCAUAUCAGGAGGUAAAAGCAGGGUUAGGGGGCCGGGGGGGGGGGGGGGGGCAUUGCACUCCCAGAUUUUCCUUCUGCCCCCCAAAAAUGUCCAGCCAACCAUAAAAAACUGAGUCUUUCAAAAAACAUCUUCUGUUGGCAAACGCUAGGGUUUACGGCUCCCACCCACUAUUGACUGAUUAGCUUAUUUAAGCCUUUUUAGCAGUAUUUAACUCACUGGAAAAGUACUACUGUUCUCAAUGAUGGUAACUAAAAAAACCUGCAUCUUUAAAACAUAUAUCAGACACAAUGCAAUUUAGUAUUACAUAAACGUAAUAACACAACACAUAUUAAAAUGAAACUUGUAUUUAUAGUAAAACAUGUCCAAAAUAGCCCCUUAUCCUUUCUUAGACUCACCUCAUUAUUUAUUAAUUCAAAUACAACAGCCAAUGGCAAGGCUCCAGCAGCAUUUAAUCUCAGCCAACAUUGAUAUGUGGGCCCCACGUGGGUCCCAUCUGGGCAGCAUGGGUUACAUGUGGGUAUGGGCUUCACAUGGGCAAUAUAUGUGGGUCCCAUGUGGGUUUUACUAUGUGGGCCCCAUAUAGGUUUGCCCAUGUGGGAUAAUAAUGUGGGGCCCUCAUGGCAUCUAUGUGGGCAAAAUAAUUUUAUGCUUGUAAUACAUCUUUAUACAUUUAAAAUCUUGAAAUAAUAACUUUUGGUUGAUUGUCACUUUUAAAGAAAGAGAAAAUAAUAUAACAGAUAUAAUUUAAUCAGUAUAAAACAUUUUAAAUAAAAAUGCACUAUUUUUGACAUUUAAUUGUGAUAUUUACAAUGUUUACCUGCAUUAGAAUUUUUCAAUUAUUAAUUUUAUUUCAAUUUGCACAGCUGAGAAUUAGUGAAAAUAAGAAAUUUCAGAAAGUUAAUCAGAUUGUUAGUGUGUGAAUUAAAGAAAUGUUUCAAACAUUCUGGAAGGAGCCUGAUUAGUGGAUUGUAAUUUAUUUUCCGAGUUUUUAGUAAAUGUAAUACUACGGUACAAAUUCACAAACUGCACAGCGAUGAAUCAAAGCAAACGUGCAAGGACAUUUAAUGAGUUUGGCUGUGGAUGCUUUGGAAGUUCUUCAUAAAACUGUUGAGCAAAGAUUAAUUGAUGAUCAGAAUUAAGACCAUAUCCAGAACAGUGAGCAAUAUUUGUGUUGUUUUUGAGUCUGAACUAUUUUAAGAGUAUGACUUCUUUCAAUGCUUAUUUUAAGUGUUAUGUUAAAUUGUUAGUCAUUUACUGCAUUAGCAGUUUGAAAUGUUGAUGAUUAUUUUAGCAUUGAAAGUGUUAUAAAUUAAAAAUAAAGUAUUUUGAUAUAUUGAACCUGUACCGGUUUUUUAUUUGAUUUUUCAUGUUUUGUGAUGUUAUAGAUUAAUGAACUGUUGGAUAUUUAUGCUGAAAAUUGAUAUUUACCAAACUAAAAUUAUGUUGCUUUAUCGGUUUUAAAUUUUAAACAAAUAUAUUAUUUAAAGGGGA